GAACUUUACGGACUUCUUAUUUUAUACAUUGUUUUGUUCUUGUCCAUUACUUUGCUAACAAGCACAUGCAUCAAUAUCAGUCUCUUCUCCAGCCAUUUCUCUCUUCCUGAUCUCACUCUCUCUCUCUCUCUCUCUUUCUUUGAGCAUGUCUGUUGAAGAAAGUGAAAAGCGAUGAAUUAUAUCUCGCUUUUUUACUUCAUCACAUCUCUCUCCCCUCUUGUGUUCUUGCUCUCCAACUGUUGUGGGCGCUAGAUUUAAGGUUCUUGCUCCCUUUGAGCUUUUUUCUCUGCAUAUCCUUUCAUAUCUCACACAACCUGAGAAAAAGAAAAAGGAAAGAAGCAAAAGACUAGAGAUCCGCUUACAAGAUUUGAGCCUUUUAUGCAUGCUCAAUUCUAGUUUCUUUAUUGUCAAGUCUCGUUGAGAAAAAGCAAGUAGCUGGAGAGGAGAAAUCCAAACCUAGCUUGAGGGAAAAAGAUGCCCUUGGAAGGGGUUUUCAUUGAGCAUUCUUCAAGCCCAGUUCCUGAUCUUUCUUUACACAUAAGCCUGCCUAGCGCUAGCACUUCCUCUGCGUCAAUCUGCCACGGCAUCAAUGGAAGAGACGAAAGAUUCGAUCUUUUGAGCAAAGGCAAAGCCCUCAGAUCGAGGGGCAACUGUUCGGCGCGGGUCGACUCGCAUGCCCACACCGAGCUUUCUCUAGCACACCCAGCGAAUGCCACCGUCGGCAACGAGAACUGGUGUCGGAUGAAUUUCUCGGUAGAAGCUAAAGAUGUGCUCCCGAAUAGCCCUUACCAAAAGGGUCAUAAUAGCGGGGUUUCUCCGGUCGAUGUGAUGGACAGCACCAGGCCGAUCAAAGGGAUCCCGGUCUAUCAGAACCGUUCUUUCCCGUUCUUGCCCAUGGAGAGCGCGAGAGAGAAGGAUCCCAAGUUUUGCCUCCCACAAAUGCCUUAUUCCUCUUGGUCACCAUCCAUUUCACCUUCGUCAUCGUGUUCCUCCACAGCGUUCCACUCGCCGGCGCCUUACCUUGGUAGAAGCUUAAAUCCUUUCUCAAUCUUAAAUUCUGGAACGCCCGAUGCAUCGUCAUCAGGAUAUCAAAUACCAGGGACGGCAAGAUUUGGGGGUUUGUCAGCUUACCAAUUGCACCAGUAUCAUCACCACCACCAUCAUCACGGUCAGUACGCAGUCAUCGGGUCAUCUGAGGCCUCACAUGGCAUGAUGAGAUCGAGGUUUGUGCCGAAGCUCCCGGUGAAGAGGAGCAUGAGGGCCCCGAGGAUGCGGUGGACGAGCAUGCUCCACGCCAAAUUCGUUCAUGCCGUCGAGCUCCUAGGAGGCCAUGAAAGAGCUACUCCGAAGUCAGUUCUUGAGCUCAUGGCUGUCAAAGAUCUCACCCUUGCUCAUGUCAAGAGCCAUUUGCAGAUGUACCGAACUGUUAAGACGACUGACAAACCUGCAGCUUCCUCAGGCCAAUCGGAUGGGUCCGGAGAUGAGGAUGUUUCACCGAUGUGUAACGCGAGUGACCACAGCUUGCGCCGAGUCGCCGAUCAAAGGAAGAUACUAGAUGGAUCUGCGCAUCCUGACAUGGAUCCUCCUUCCAGUACCCCUCUAUGGAGUAACUCGUCAAGCAGUAGAUCAGAGGUGUGCCCGCAGGUGAUUCCAACUGAUGAUGGGAAUGGACUCAGACAGCCACCAUUCCACUCAGAUCGAAGAAAUCUCCACAUUGAGGGGUCUGAUACGAUGGAGAGAUUAUUGCAAGCUGCACGGAGUUCUCGGAACCCAAGUUUAGAGUUUACAUUAGGAAGACCAGAUUGGCAAGGCAAGGAAGAUGACUGAAGUGUUUACACUCAUUAGAGUCUGAAUAACAGAUAAAAAAAGUUAAUGGUCUUGAUAUCAGAUCAUGAGAAGAUGACGUUGUGAUUGUUGGGGAUGAGCUUGGAAUGUCACCUUUGGUAGGCAUAAAGCAUUGCCUGUGAAAUGGUCGAAUUUAUUGAUCGAUGUAGCCAUUCUUCUGUUUUGAAUUGUUCAGUUUGUUAGUUUUGAGAGAUUGUAGGAUCAAAAGACUAGCCAACUUCUAACUAUAAAAACAUCCUCUUUGUUUUUCCA